UACACGACCAGUAUCGUUCACACCUUGGCACCUUGGUGAAGUGUUUUCAAAAUCGAUCCUCAAAAAUGGCCCCAUCUCACGCGCCUUACUCGGUUAACAAAAGCCCCAAGGAGUAUGACGAGUACAAGUUCACCCUACCAGCUCUGUACCGUGAGCUGGCCAAAGAGGAGCUCCGAGAAGAUGAUGUCGUGCGUGAGAAAGCCCUAACGGAGAUGCGCCACUGGAUCGCGGUAAACCCUUACAUCUUCAAGUGCCGCACGGAUGCCAAGUUCUUGCUCCGGUUCCUUCGCUUCCGUCAGUUCUCCGUACCGAUGGCGUGUGAGGCGCUGGAGCGCUAUCUAACCGUUCGCGAGCUGUAUCCAAGUUGGUUCAAAAAUCUCGACUGCAAUGAAUCGACCAUGAAGGAAAUUUUGCACAGCGGUACGUUCACGUUGCUCGGCUGGGACGCUGCCGGACGGAUGGUGGGAUUUUCGCGCUUCAGUCGCUUCGAUGGUGAAAAGCACAGCCCCGCACAGGAUGCACGUUUUAUGGCGCUGGUCAUGGAGACGAUGCUCGAGUGCGAGGAGUUCCAGGUCGGCGGAUGUCACGUGCUGAUCGACUUUGAGGGCAGCACGGUGGCCAACUUUGAGAAGUGGAGUACGACCGAUUUGAAGAUCAUGAUGGAUGCGUACAGCCACACGUACCCCCUCCGGUAUGCGGACAUUCAUUCGGCGAGUCUGCCAAAGUAUGGUAGCUCCGUUAUCGAAACGUUUCUGUCGUUCGCGAACCCGAAGAUGCGGGAAAAAAUUAGUUGCUUUUCAACGGCUGCUGAGAUGGAGAAGUAUUUUGAAGCUCCUUUAAAGCCUGCAUUGUACGGCGGGGCGGUCGAUCUGGAGCUGGCAAAUCGGGCUCUGUGGAAACGUAUGGAGGAUCAGCGUGAGGUGGUGCUCGGGCUGGAUCAGAUGGAGAUUGAUUUGGAUUACUAUUCGUCGCGGUGGAACUUUGAGGGCACUACGCCGGACGAGAUUGCAGCCGGUGCCAUGUUUAAACGUUUAACCAUGAAUUAGAGGUGUUUUAAGGAAUGGUUGCAGGUUUUAAAACAUAUUUGGAAGAUUAAUAAAAAAUGAAUCCAU